AUGGCAAGUGGAAGUGGUAAUGGUAGUGGUACGGGUGGUAGCGGUGCUCCAGAUUGGCGCCAGAUCGUUAGGGAUGAGCUGCGUGCCGUUACGUCUAGGGAGAUAAAUCGGGCGUUACAAGCGGCCAUGCAGCAGCAGCAACAGCCGGCGGUACCUCGACCCAUCCAUCAUCGAACUCAAAUACCUCGGGACCGCAUCGCUGCACACCAUCGGUUGUAUGUCGAUUACUUUGCUCUAGAGCCGCGGUUUGGGGACAACUCAUUCCGCCGACGUUUUAGGAUGAUGCGUCCACUGUUUCUUCGUAUUGUUGGAACUUUAGAGCGUCAGUACAAAUAUUUCAGGAUCAGAGAGGAUGCAGUCGGUAAACCCGGCCACACGCCCAUUUAG